AUGAAAAAAGGACUCAUUCGUCUCUCUUCUAAUUAUUUAUUAAGACAAUCCAAGUUAUUUAGCACAAACAAUCGAUUAGUCUUUAGAUUUUGUUCAACCAAACAAGAAAAACAUGAAUUCAAAGCAGAAACCAAGAAAUUACUUGACAUAGUUGCUAAAUCUAUAUACACUGAUAAAGAUGUUUUCUUAAGAGAAUUGCUCUCCAAUGCCUCAGAUGCUUUGGAAAAACAAAGAUUUUUGGCAACUUAAAAAGGUGAAUAAGUUCCAUCAGAUCUGGAAAUAAAAAUUGAAUUAGAUGAAUAAAAGAGAACAAUUACUAUAGAAGUAAAUAAGUAUAUUCUAUUUAAAAGGAUUCAGGUAUAGGUAUGACAAAAUAAGAAAUGAUUGAUAAUCUUGGUACUAUUGCAAGAAGUGGGUCUAAAUAAUUCUUAGAAUAAGUGGGAACAUAAAUGAAUGAUAAAAUUAUUGGUUAAUUUGGUGUUGGAUUCUAUUCUUCAUUUAUUGUUGGAGAUACUGUAGAAGUAGUGAGUAAAAGUGAAAGAUCAGAUAAGACUUAUGUUUGGAUAUCAGAUGGAACAGGAACAUUUGAAAUUUCAGAAGCAAAAGAUUAUUUCCAAGGAAGAGGAACUAAAAUAACUAUUCAUCUUAAACCAGAUUAAGCUAUUUUCAGUAAGAAAACUGAAGUACUUAAAACUAUCUAGAGAUAUUCAAAUUUUAUUAAUUAUCCUAUUAUUGUGAAUGGAGAAAGACAAAAUAUUGUGUCAGCUAUUUGGGUGAGAAGCAAAAAUGAAAUCACUCCAGAAGAUUAUAAUAAAUUCUAUGAGUAUAUUUCAAAUUCUAAACUUGCAUACAAAUAUAAACUUCAUUAUUCUACAGAUGCUCCCCUAUCAAUUAAAGCCUUAUUGUACAUUCCAUAAACACACAUGGAAAAGUAUAUUAUUUAAUUAUUAUAUCUAGAUAUGGUAUGUAAAUGGAGGAAUUUGAUAUCAGUCUAUAUUGUAAAAAGAUAUUGAUAAAGAAAAACUGUAGAGAACUUCUACCACAUUUCCUUAGAUUUGUUAAAGGAGUUGUAGAUUGUGAAGAUCUCCCUUUAAAUAUUUCAAGAGAAGGCUAUUAAGAUUCAGCUUUGAUUGCUAAACUCAAAUCUGUAGUUGCCAAAAGAAUUAUCAAAGAAAUUGAAUCAGAAGCUCUUAGAGAUCCUGCCAAUUACCUUUCUUGGUAUUAGGACUUUUAAAAUUUUAUUAAAGAAGGAGUUGCUAUGGAUGAUGAACAUAGAAACUCUAUGACUAAAUUAUUAAGAUUUUAAACAAAUAAAUCUGAAGAUUUCAUUUCUUUAGAUGAUUACAUUUCCAAAUUACCUUAAGGCAUCAACAAUAUAUAUUAUUAUCUUGCUCCAACAAGACAAUAAGCUUUAACAUCACCAUAUAUGGAACCUUUUACUAAUUCAGAAAUUCCUGUUAUUUUGACUAUGAAUCAUAUGGAUGAAGUAGUAUUUAAAUAAAUAAAUGAAUAUUCAUCAAAAAAAUUUGUUAAUAUUGAAAGUGAUUAAGCUGAAGUUGAUAAGGUUGCUUAGAAAUCAACUGAAGAAAAUGAAAAAAAAGAAGAAACCAAUGUUGAAACAAACAUUCCUAAUGAUGAAAUUACACCUUUCUGUUUAUGGUUAAAGAAUGAAUUGAAUCCAAUAAUUUCUUAAGUUUAAAUAUCAAAAAGAUUAAAGACUUCUCCUGCAAUCAUCGUAUCUGCAAUUUCAUCAGGUAUGAGACAAGUUAUGCAUGCUAUGGGAUAAUCUACUGUAUUUAUAAAUAAAUAUAUUUUAGGAUGACUUAAAAAACUUAACUCUAGAAAUAAAUGUAAAUAAUCCAAUAAUUGUUAAUUUAAAUAAAGUCAGAAAAUCAAAUAGAAUUAUUGCAUCAUUAGCAAGCAAAUAGAUUUUAGAUGGUUGUCUCUUAUCUUCUGGAUUGUUAAGAGAUCCAAAGGAAGUUGUAGAAAGAUAACACAAAAUUUUGAAUGUCUUAUUAACAUCUGAAAUGUAUUUAUUUUUAUUAUCCAAUAUUAGUAAUACACCUAUUAUUGAAGAAGUGGGAGCAUAUAGAGAGGAAGCAGUUAAGUAGAAUGAUUAAAAGAAAGAUGAUUUGGAUACAGAAAUUAUUAUUGAUAGUGAUGGCAAUCCUUAAGUUGUUAAAAAGAAUAAAAAAUGAA